AUGCCUCCUCCUCUUCUCAAUGGUAUCCGCCAUGUGAGCCGUCUUCCCCCUCAUCUCCACUUCGAAAGGGCUACUGUAGCUGAUCUGCCGGUCCUCUGUGAUGUCUUUCUCAAUCAAUUCGUACGCGUCGAACCACAUGCCAAGGCUCUGCGUAUGGGCAAAGAAGCAGUGCCCUUGUUCGAGGCUAUUGCCGCGGCUUGUGUUCGUCAACCAUUCGCCCUCAAAUUGAUCGACAAUCAACAGGAUAAUCGUGUUGUUGGGUUCCGUCUGCUGGGUAUUGGCCAUCGUGAUCCAUCACUCGAUCCGUAUCCCAUUCAGCCACAAAUCACCGCCCCCAACGUCCUCACCUUCAUCGAGCUGAUGGAACACACGAAGAAGCUGUGGCUCGACGCCCUCCCCGAUGUCAACAAGGUGCUACGCCGUGAGAUCUCGUUCAUUUCGCCGGGAUAUCAGCGUCUCGGUCUCGGUGCCCACAUGCUUCAUCAUCAGCUCGACUUCGACAAGCUCAAGGCAGAUGGAGUGCAGGGUAUCGUCUCGGAGGCGACAUCAAAGGCCAAUCAGCAUCUUCUCUCUUCAAGGGGAUACAAGAAAGUGGCACAACUACCCGAUAGCGUCUACAAGCAGCUGUUCAUCCAUUUGCACGACGGAACGCGGAAUAUCGAGGCGUUCUUCUAUGAUUUGCGA